UCACAUUGAAAUUUAAAAAAAUUGGAAAAUACAUGCAAGUAGAGAGCAAAGAAAUAGAGGCAACAGCUGGAGAACAUCUUGAGAGGAAUAAAGCAUUGCCAACUGCUUUAGACGAAGAAUCUGUGAUGAGCUUCCUGAAGAUGGGCCUGAGUUUUAAUAGAGAUGAAAGAGCUCAUGCACAAGGGUUCUUUCAAGUUGCAGAAGAGUGUAAGUUAGAUAAGCAAACUGAAAGCUUACCCUUUUAUCUCCUCCUGGUUGAGAUGAUAAAGAAGUAUCAAGCAAUAAUCAGUGAAAAUACUGAAAGUCAAGAAGAAGACCAAAAGUGGCAAUUUCAACUCAUUCUACUGCUCAAAAACAGUCUGAAGAGAAACUUGGGAAAAGUUAUCUACAAUAAUAAUACAAAGACCAGUGUCAUAAGUGAAGAUAUUAAAGAUGCCCUGAAAGCUGAGCUUCUGGACAUAGUCAAGGAUCCAAACCUAGAGGAGAAAGUCUAUCAAGAAAUCUUGGAAAUCAUAAAGUUAUUUAUUGAUGAAGAAUUUCCCUCCUCAUGGCCAGAAUUUAUUAACAAUUAUCUGAAUGGUUGUAUUUCUCAUUUAUUUGAUGCCUGCUGCAAUUUCAGUAAUUACUCUGAGGAGGAUAAAGUUCUCUUCAACAGAUUCUUGAACCUUUACUUAAGCACUAUGAAGAAAGCCAACACUGCAGAGAAGAGAAACUCCGAGAUAGUCCCACAUCUAGUUGAGAUGUCAAAUAUGACAAGUUUCACAGAUUUCACUAAAUCAGAAUUUGAUCCUGAAAAUGGUUGGGACAAUGAAAACAGUGCCGAUCCUUCAAAUACAGAAGCAAUGUGCACAAUUCUUAAGAUAGAUAAGCUCACCUUGAUGAUCAUGCAGAAGAGCUUCUCACUUGAUGGUAUAAGACACAGAGAAGAUAUUGAAGUGUACUUGAGCCUGAUGAAUAUUUUUUGUAACAAGCUAUACUUCUGAGUGAAAUCUAUCAAAUCAGUUAAGCACCAUAUUAUCCAGAACCCUCAAGCUCUAUGAACUGAUAAUAUAGGAAUGAUAGCUCAGAACUCAUUGAAUAACUUGAAUGGGUACUGAAAAAUGAUUCUGAAAUAUCUCAAGAAAAUCCUUGGAGCCCAUCCUCUUUUGUUCAUACAAGUUUAUAAAAAUUUUCUAGAAAUUUGCUUUGAUAUUUUCUUCGAGUGCAACUUAUUCAGUCAAAUUGUUCUUCGAAAAGCAGUCAAAGUUAUUCAAAUGGCCUCUAACUUUGAAGAAAAUAAAUGGACAGAGAGAUUGCAAAACUUUCCCGCAGAGUUAAAUCAGCUGACCGAUCAACAUGCUGAUAUUUUUACGACAGAAAACAUCAGAAGGAUUGCCUCAUUCCUUGCUAUCAAUUUCUUAACAAUCGGGUGUACUGAUUUCUACAACGAGGUAUCAGACUACUCAGGGUUAUCACUUCUACCAGAUACAGUGCUAUGAGAGAAACUAUGCCUGAACUUCCUUCCAACCAUGGAAGAAUGGAUAAUUGAUUGCUUGAAGAUUAUCCUCAAGAAACCCGAUUGCCUAUCAAGUAUCCUCAGAGAAGAGAUAGACUGCCAAACCCUUGGACAAGAGCAAACACAAGCUGAGAAUCAGCAUGUUGAGGAUGCCAUCUUUGUAAUGAUUGGGCUCUUGCCAAAAGUUUACACCCUCAAAAAUGUAGAACAGCAGAAUUGGAUUGAGAUUUCUCAUAUCAUGGAGUAUUUAGAAAGCAAAAUUCAUAAUGAUGAGAGAUCCAUGUUUUUCAAACUCAGAUACUGACAUUUACUGUCAAGAUGGAUGCCUUCGUUUGAUGUCCCGAGACUCUUAAAAUAUUUGGAUAGAAUUUUGAUCUUGUUAGCAAACUGAAGUGAAAAGAGCACAGAUCUGGUAGUGAGAUGAAUAAAUUUAGUAUCCAGUUUCUUGAAUCAGCUGAAAAACUUUGAAAUUGACAUCAAGGAUACUCCAGAAAUGACUUCUACACAAGCUGACCACCUGGAUUUGAUAGUGAAAACAGUGAAUUAUCAGACAAUUUUCAAUUUCUUAAUUUCUUCAAAACUUUUCAGUGAAAAUUACACCUCAAAUCUUUCCCCAUCUGAGCUGCACAGCUUGACUGAUUUGAUGAAGACUAUUAUAAAUGAUAUUGACCUUAAUGAAAACGCUGAUGGGACAAUGGCUCUUUUAGAAUACUUGGACUUUAUAGCUGAUAGUCACAAAAUCAACUGGAACACAGAGUCUGAAAUAAUAUCUAUCUGGGAAAUUGUACUUAGGAGUCUAAGAGAUAACGCACAAAUGAUCCACAAUGCUCUUCUGAAACUCGAAGUUAUUACAGAAAACAAGAACUUUCAGUCUUUUUGGAUCCUAGAUUGAGGUUACCAAAACCAAAAUCAGCCUGAAGGUUCUACUUUGUUAAGCAUUUUCAUUCAAAAUGCUAGAUGUAGCACGUUAGAGGCUCAAGUAGAAACUCGGAUAAUCAAGGUGCUCUCCAAGAUCCUGAUUGAAUUUUGCAGUAGCGCUAAGCUAAAAACUUAUCCACUGCUCAGGAUAAAGACUGAUAUUGUAAAAUAUCUUUCACAAAAACUAGUACUUCACCUUCAAACUAGGAGAGAGGUACCAUGCAUAUUUUCCUCCAACAGCGAAAUAGACAAUCAGACUCUAAAUUCUGGGGAAAGUUAUACCGAUCUCUUCACAGAGUCAUUGAUCUUAUGAUCUGAAGAAAUUUGCUCUAGUAAAUAUCACGAUGAGACUCCUGAUAUCAAAGAUUUCAUCACCUGUAUAUUUAACUACUUCAAUAUUGGUCUAACUACUUCUUGACAUUUAAGAAGACAUCUCUUUUCUCAAAGAAGCUCAGCAGAAAACUACAAAGUCCUUAUCUCUUGGGCAACCAGAAUGUAUCAGGGGAAUAUGGCAAAGCACAGAUCUUUGCACCAGAUUGGAUUCACUACAAUCAUCAAAACUGUCCUGAAAUCAUUCAAUGAUAAUUCAAGUCACGAAAUCAGAGAAGACUUGAAGAGUCUCAUAUGCUCUUUUACUGAGAAACUGGAAAUCAGCCAGAGUGAUUUAGAGGAAGUAAUCAAUGGAGAAAAGGUCGAAGAAUUCUCAAAUAUGGUCAAUGAAACCAUCCAAGAUUAUAUUGUUGAAUAA